GGCAAACUUUCAAUGGGUGGAAGGCACCAUAAACUACGUCAAAUAGUAAGUGAACAUUACUUCUAAAUCGCUUUCUGUUUACAGUUUACGGGCUAGCUAACCGAAUAUCAACAAAGACAGAUUAUAACCAGGUUUACAUUUCUAUUUUAUUUUAUGUAUUUGUACUGUACAUUUCAAAUAAACAAGUUCAGGAAAUUCAUUCAGCUAAAACAAUCAAUCAUGUUGACUCAAAACUGUCUUCCAAAAUUUAUUAAUUCUUUUUAAUUGAGAGAUUCAGUUUUGUACAAAUCAAUCUGUAGCUCAGCGUGGGCAUCUUACAGCAGUCAAUUAAUGCUAUUUUUUAAGGUGAUUUGUACUAUGAGUAAUGUGCUCCUUGCACUCUUUUGUAACCUUUAGCAAAAAACCUUUCGUGGUCUCAGGGGAAAGUCCCUGCAUCAAGUUAGAGCACUUUAAUCAAGUUAGAGCACUUUAAACGAGCUGUCUUUCUCUGAUUAAUUUAGUGAACCAAAUAAACUCACCAAAUAUAAUUUUUCAAAAGAAAUAAGCAAACAAACAAACAAAAAAUGUAUUAGAAAGCUUUUUGCAAAAUUUAUCAAAACUAUGACUAUUGUACAACAUUCAUUUUUGUACGGCAAAGUUGCGAACGCAGACGCAUUUCCGGUUUUCGUAAUCGACAACCGGAUAUACGUUUGCGUUCGCUGGCUAUUGUAGCUUCGGCGCAAAGGAUUUUACCUAACUGUCCAAUGGAGGCUACUUUUGUCCAUUUUUGUCAAAAAAAUUGUUUCGAAUUAAUUUUUCGGUUAUAAUGACCGGUAUAGAAAUUUCGUUUGGUAAAAAGAAAAAAAAAUUGUCAGAAUUAAAGUUCGCAACAGCUAAAGGAACGUGAAACAUGAUGUCGCAGUCACGCACACACGUGUGAACUUUGAUCAUCAUUCCAUUGAACUAAUGAAUACGUGUUCAAGUUUUCUUUUUUUUUUUGUAAAAUAGUGCCAAAAAUAAAUUCAAAUUAUAAAGAUCAUUAAUCUUAACGGAAUCGUUGAUUUAACUUGAGUACUGAAUAUAUAUUUCGCUUGAUUUCUUAACGGCUUAUUUUGUUUAUAGUUAUGAGUUCGUUGGGACAAUUUUAUAUUGCAAAACUAACCAAGUUUCUCUUUAAGCACCAAUGCCUGUAAAACGGAUUAAGGUAAACAAAGGCGAAGUGCAAUCGCGAACGGUUGAAUGACCAUGGAAAUUGCCGAGAGAAAACAUAGAAAAUCGAUUAUUUGAAUUCAACAACUUUUUGUGUGCGGUUCAGUAUGAGCUUAAGUAAUUUCCUUUUACAAGCUCAGUUUAAUACUUUUUUGUCUUUUUAGAUAAUGACACUGCUGAACGCAACGUUCGUAUAUAUUGUGUUUAUUUCGAGAUUAAUAGCAUCAAGUUUUAUAGGCGCUUUAUAGUAAAUGCAAUUUAAAAAUUAUCAAAACAUAAAUCACGAGAACCUAAACUAGUGCACGAGCGCUUCACAAGCAAGAAUUUGUUUAUAUGUUUAUGUUCCGGCUUAACCGAAUAAAAUAAAGCUUAACUGCAACCAUCAAAACCAAGAGGGCUUUUGAUGACUUCCAAAUUGAUCAAAAUUUAUUACAGUCUAUAACAAGAAAAACCAAGAGUAACAUCUUCAGAGGCAGGGGAAGCCAAGGAAGCCACUAAGACUUAUCAAAAGGACCACCUUUUAAAAAUAUAUAACUUAAUUAAUGAAUGUAACACUGGCAUCGGCAAGACAAUUUAACAAAUCACAUACAAUUUCUUUACAACGUAGAAAAUGUAAUCAUUAAAUAGGAUAAAAAAGGACGCUGAAAGUGUAAGUGCAAAAACGAAAAAGAAAAAGUGAGGUGAAAUAACGCAAGAAUACGAGAGGAAAAGUCAGAGCGAAAGAAGCGAAAAACUAUACACAAGCAUUAAGAGAAGUAAGGUGUGCUUAUACCAAGAAAAAUGACUUUAGCUUAGAAGUGAAAACAGCAAUACUAGAGGCAUUCUGAAUUUCAGAUAAUGGCUAGUUGUUCCGAAAAAAAGAAUUAAAAAAGGGCCUAUCAGGGAACGCAAUUGUAAGCAAAUUCGGCUCGUUAUAAUAUGAUAGGUAACUAAAUCAACCCUCCAUUUAAAAGCAACAACGUUUUGGAAAGGGAUAAGGGCUGGUAGGAGACACUUCUGGUCUUGUCUAUUUAGCUGCAGCACUGGUGACCUGCCGUUUUGCCCUUUUGAUGAUCUGGCCUGUAAAAAGUACUGCGCAUGUCGCGGGUGAGGGGGGAGGGGUGUACUCCCAAUAAUGGCCUAGACUGGAAGUUUCUCCUUGAAAGGGGUACCUUUUUCAGGCGUCAGGUAUACAACAAGGAUAGGCAUUUCACUAGUUGGAUUAUAUAAAAGAGUUGGGAAAUCUGUCAUUUCUGUCAUUUUCAUCUGUAAAAAGACCUAAAGGGCUAAUAGAAGAAUUUAUGGCUGUGAAAGAGCCGAGAAAAUUUCCUAGUUUGGGGAUUUUUUCGUAUUUUGAGCACAUACAUUUACGGCAAUUUAAAGGGAUUCAAUGUUUUAAACUAUGUAUGUGAAAGGGGUACCAUUUGUCAAUAGAAGGCACAGUGUAGGAAAGGGUUUCCUUUUCUGCCAAAAGCUAUAUGUAAAAGGGUAAUGGGGUUGGACCGUUGGGCGCAGCCUUUCCUUAUAAAACUUUGUGGAGUACCCCUCCCCCUGGGAGAGGUUUGUUUUACACAGAGAAUCGUCUGAAAUAUCGAUCAAAUUCAAAGUGAAAAAGACUGUGAGAAACACAAAAUAAGUACAAAAGUAGAUAGAGUAAGGAAACCCAUGCAUCGAUGCAUAGAAGACCAAACAUUAAAGGAAGGGAUAUUUCUAGUAUUCGGGCAAACUUGAACAACCAUAGCCCAGCGUUAAUUUUAUCAAGUGCUGAUCUCCGUGUAUGCAAAGACAUUUUAGGCUUAAUUUUUGCUAAAUUUCAUUUCUUACGUACAAGCGACUGAAAAAAGACCUCUACUUCGUUCAUAUUAGCUUAAGGCAUUUCAGAGCUACUAACUGCGAUGAGUAUAAAGUCAAGUCAAGUCAACUUAAUUUAGGCAGGGUAGCCCUAUCAGUCAUUGGUUGGUAUCAAAAGGGGCCCUGCGUAAAUUAUAACUACAUGAUAUUGAAAAUUUAAAAAAUUAAAAAUUACUUUAAAAUUAUGUAAAAGGAUUUUAAAAAGUGCCUAUAGGCAAAUUACAUAUCAUCAUAAUUUGUUUAAGAUCAAGAAAAAUAAGACAGCUAUCGAAGUUAGGUAAAGUUAUAUUAAUAAGAAACAACUAAUGGCUUAAAUGAAAUCUAAGAAAGUUCUUAAAACGGGAGAGCGACAUAGCUUCUUUCAUUGAUGUGGGUAAAUUAUUAAAAAGAACCUCACCUGAAAGUCUAAAAUUGUUUUUUCCUAGCAUUAACUUUAAACAAAUUAAAUCAUUCACGAGAAUCGUCAGCUGAACAGUGAUCUAAUUUUAGUCUUUGAAAAGGUUAUAGUUUAAGCUGCAGUAUCUUCCCAUUCGACAUUGAGUCAAAAAUGCGUCUGUCAUCACUAGCUAUAGCAGACAGAGUACGUACCUUGUACCUCGAACUUCAGUGUUAAAUUCUUUAGGCCGAAUAACCCUCUAGCUUCAUGAACCGAGUUCGUAGAGAUCACUAGGCACUUCUCGGCCUCUUUUUCAGGGCAAAUGUAUUAUUUUAACACUUGUAUGUACUAUUUCCUUGAAUUAUUUACAUCUUUAUGUUCCGCCUUAACUGGAUAUAAAAUAAAGCUUAAAACUGCAACCAUCAAAACCAAGAGGGCUUUUGAUGACUUCCAAAUUGAUAAAAAUUUAUAUCAAUCUACGGAAAAACCAGGAUAGGCUCCUGGAAAAACCAAGAGUAACAUCUUCGAAGAUGAUCAUUCUAUUUAUUUAGUUUAUUAUCAUUUUGCCAUUUAAAUUAAAUAUGUAAACAAAAUUCACAAAGGUAAGGUGUGCUUAUACCAAGAAAAAUGACUUUAGUUUAGAAAUGAUGAAUUCUGAAUUUCAGAUCAUGGCUAGUUGUUCCGAAAAAAAGAAUUGAAAAAAGUUUCUAUCAGGAAAUACAAUUUUAGGCAAAUUCAGCUCGUUAUAAAAUGAUAGGUAACUAUCUGGUCUUGUCUAUUUAACUGCAGCACGGUGACCUGCCGUUUUGCCCCUUUGAUGUGGCGUUUAAUUUAAAAAUUACUUUAAAAUUAUGUACAAAGAUUUCAAAAAGUGCCUAAAAGGGAAAUUACAUAUCAUCAUAAUUUGUUUAAGAUCAAGAAAAAUAAGACAGCUAUCGAAGUUCGGUAAAAUUAUAUUAAUAAGAAACAACUAAUGGCUUAAAUGAAACCUAAGAAAGUUCUUAAAACGGGAAACAUGCGACGUAGCUUCUUUUAUUGAUGUGGGUAAAUUAUUAGAAAGAAUCGCACCUGAAAAUCUAAAAGUGUUUUUUCCUAGCAUUAACUUUAAACAAAUUAAAUCAUUCACGAGAAUCGUCAGCUGAACAGUGAUCUAUUAUUAGUCUUUGAAAAGGUUAUAGUUUAAGCUGCAGUAUCUUCCCAUUCGAUAUUGAGUCAAAAAUGCGUCUGGCAUCACUAGCUAUAGCAGACAGAGUACGUACCUUGUACCUCGAACUUCAGUGUUAAAUUCUUUAGGCCGAAUAACCCUCUAGCUUCAUGAACCGUGUUCGUAGAGAUCACUGGGCGCUUCUCGGCUUCUUUUUCUUGGCAAAUGUAUUAUUUUAAAACUUGUAUGUACUAUUCCCUUGAAUUAAAAAAAAAAUACUCAGAACCACUUUUGCAAGCAAUACAAGCUGUAUCUUCUAAACUUUUGUACCGCAAAGGGUAAUAAAUAUUUUAUAUCUGCCAGAGCUUACUUUUAAUAAUUAUUAAUGCUAUUAUCUAUCACUUUCUGUUGCUUUUUAUAUGAAAAUGUAAGUGGGACUUUACUCUCUUAAUUUUUUCUAUCUCAAUUCUUGUAAUUUUAUGUAAAAGUAAUUACGCCAGUUGAUUGCACGUGACCCGUGACCAACUCAAAAGUCGAUAAUGCUACUUUGGUCACUAUGCACAUUUUAGAAUUUUUUAUUUCACUAUGUGUGUGAUUUGUUGUUAUUCUUUCUUUUUCUUUUCUGUUCUUGUAAUAUUUUGUAAUGCAUGUGCUAACAUCUUGUAAUAGUGCAAAAAGUGAACGAUGGGAAAUCCAACCGACCAAAAAAGCGUCUGGAGGAAUCGAUCGCUUAAGUCCCCUAUGCCGCCGUUAAUUAAGUCUCAUAUGCGGCCGUUGCACCUUCGACAUGGCCGCCGGUACUGCCUGGGAUACUGUUCUGAUAUGAGAAUAGAAGUGGCCGGCAACAUUGGUCAUCCCAGUCUUUACCCCCGGCAUGCCUGCGAAGGUGACUCGAGUUCAACUUCGCAGGAAUGCCGGCGGUAGAGCUGUGCGAUGGCUCUAGUUGUCUGCGUCGCGUGUUCUCAUUCGUCCGAGAAGUAGCCCGGGCGGUACCGGCGGCUACUUCCCAGGUACAUCGGCGGCCGAUGACAACCAGGCUUUAGUAUCAGUAGUAUCCCAGGCUCAAGCAACCGGUCGUUAGUAUGAUAAUUGAUAAUAAAACAUAAUAAAUUAAUGAUAAAUAGAUUUUUGUAAAUUUGAAAUUGAUUGAUACAUGGAGAUAAAGAGAUACUGAACAAAGUACGGUAGUUUUAACUCACCAGAGCAGCAGUAAAAAAACAAAAACAAAUUUUAACUCGUUUAUUCAAAUGGGGUUAAUGUUUUCAACUUUUAUCUUUAUUUUGUUGUUUUAUUUUUUACGAUAUAUUUAUUUACUUAUUUUUAUGAUACUUUUUAGUUAUUGGACUGUUUUAUUUUUUUAAUAACUAUAUUUUUUUCUUUUUUACGUAGAUUUCAUUCGUCAUUGCAGCAGACCUAUGUUUGUUAUGUGCGUUUAGUGAGGGAACGUGUUCCGAAAGCUGUAAAAAAGGCCAUUUUCGUGUCUACAAUGAAAGCAAGGAAUGUCACGUCUGCGAACCUUGUCCGGUAAAGAAUAUGCUAGGUAACAUAGGCAAUUUCCGAGUUGCCUGAAGUCUCUGUUUCAAAGCGAUGCUAAAUGCGAAGCCAUUGAUAAAAAAUGAUUUUUUUAUCUGCCAAUUUCAUGUUCCCAUGACGCAAUUUGUCUUCCCCUCACCAAGGGAUGAUUAGUCGCAAGAGAAAUUAACAACAAUAUUUGUGGGAAAAACAAAUUGCACGAUGGGGAAUGUCAGUGAAGGUCGCAACUGUCCUCAUACAAAUAAACUCAUUUUCACAACAAAGAUUGCACUUAGCCUCGUUUUGGAAGUCGGAAAUCUUCUAACAAAUUUACUUUUUUACUUAAUUAUUACGACGAAAUGUUUUCCAUGCCACGAAAAAAGAAACGUUGAGCUCUCGAAAAAAAGAAGCAAACCCUAAACUCCCUCUAAGACCCCCUAAAGCCUGCAGUCGGGAGAGGAGACGCUCAUUGUUUGGUCACGCCGUUCUGUAAGCUUUGGCUUCUCUCAACGGAAAUUAAAGGUGUGGUUCAAUUUUGUCCUUGAACUAAAUUUCAUUUACCCAGUUCCAAACCCUAAAUAAACUACAGCUCCUUUAGUUUUCAUCUUUGAUGUUUGCCGGCGGAUUUCAUAACCAAUUUUCUAACCCUACUAUGUUAAAACCUAGCUAAAGAUGUCCUCGCAUGUCUUAGGUUUUUACUGUUUUUGUUUCAUUUCUGCUUAAACAGCCUUCUACGUAUAUGGACAAAGAGAAUAACAGUACUAAAUGCCUGCCCUGCUCAGAAUGUAGUUUUUCACAAGUUGCAAUUGUGGAGUGUAAUUCGACUCAAAACAGAGAAUGUGUUUGCCCGCCCGGUAAAUUCUUCGAUGAGGAACUCCUCUUCUGUAAAAAAUGCUCAGAAUGUCCCGUGGGUGAAGGGGUUGUGGCAGAGUGCACAUCAACAAAGGACACGAAAUGUCAGCCGUGCUCAAAGGUAUGUAUUAUAUUUUAAUAGUUUAAAAACACUUAAUGACUGGUCCCUUGGGAACCAGUUAAUUUUGUCUCGCGAGAAUCUCAAUGUUUCCCGAGGCGGAGCCGAGGGAAACAUUUGAAGCUGGAAAUUCAUGAAAAUUCAUGGAAAUUCAUGAAGUCAACUUGUGUUAUGGGUAUUUGACUUCGUCACCAUCUUUGUAUAUUUUCAUGAUUAAUUAACUCUUAGCUUUGCCAAUCCUGUAAAGGCCAUUGUUGAGAGUACCCCGGGCUUUAAAAUAGCGCGAAAGAUGUUAAAUUUACUUUUUUAUUUAGGGCACAUUUUCUGACAAGGAAAAUUUCGAGCAAAGAUGUAAGAGAUGCUCCAAAUGCAGGGCAUCUCGGAACAAAGUUUUAAAAGAAAACUGCAAUGCGUCCAGAGACACCAUCUGCGAGAGAAUGACAAGUCAACCUACUGUCACGACAACACCACAGAGCUUUAUCUCUGGUGAGUGAGUAACCUGUGUCUUACCUUGUCGGUUCCUUUAACCCUCGAACGUACACACAAAGUCAUACCCCCACCGUGGUACGACGGAAUGGGGGGGUGAUGCAUGAUGGAACCCUUCCCAAAGUUUUUGAUAUGCAGCAUUAUUUUGUCAGUGGAAAGCCUUUCAUCUUCUCAACAAGAUGAUGAGGUAUAUUUUAUGGGUAAUGGCGCUGUUCAAGAAUAGCAUCUCACAGGGAUUCUAAUUUUCCGACCAACAUCCCUGUCUCUUGAAAUCUACCGUAUAUGGGAGUAGUACCACAGGAACCUCUCAAAUAGCUAAGCUGUUAUAUAUGACUUUGAAUUGUAUCCAAACCGCUAUCUCGUUCUGAUGAUGAAUUCCUCUUUCAGACGGUUCAAAGACCACGCCGCCUAAUAAAGAAGAAGAACCUCAAGAACCUCAAGAACCUCAAAGAUUCAAAAAAAGAACAAACGGAGGAACGUCCCCGCAACGUGUUUAUUUAAUUCUUGGCAUCACUUUUGUUGGCCUUAUUCCAGCUGCCAUUAUUAGUGUUGCGUUGUUCUUCGCAAUGAAACGAAGACGUGAAUGUGGCAAAAACGCAAAUUAUCCUCCAGGUAAGAACAGUAUAAGACUCGAAAUUCAUUUUAUCGAUCAGCUAAGGUUAAUAACUAAAGUGGCCAUCGUAACAGAUUAAGACGGAAUCCAUCAGGAAAUUGUCUAAUUUUAAUUUUUAGUGGACGAAAACCUUUUACCAGAAUAAUUUACAGAAUAUCGCAUUCUUUUAUACGUUUUUCCAGGGUUAUAGAUAUAAUUAGUUAUCUGUAAUAACACCAAAGAAAAUUUGUUAUGAGAGCCCAAGAAAGUGAAUGUCAAAUUUCACAACAUGACACCUUACAUAAAAUUUUCAGAAUUUUACAGGGUGAUUUUAUCUGUGUUUUCACAAUUCUUGCAAUUGUGAAAUUUCACAUUUAUUUUCUCAGGCUCCCAUGACAAAUAAUAGUCUUUGGUGUUAUUACAGAUAACCAAUUAUAUCCAUAGCCCUUAAAAAAUUUAAAAAAGAAUGCGAUGUUGCAUAAAUUAUAUAUUCUGGUACAAGGUUUUUGUCCACUGAAAAUUAAAACACUCAAUAUUUCUGAUGGCUUCCGUCUUAAAAUGCUGCCAUAGUCUGUGUCAGACACUCUAAACAAAUGUCUAUACAAAUGGUCAAGACGACCCGUGGGCAGCUGCCACGCAGGCCCUGCUGCCAUUCCAGUCAGUGAAAAACGACAUGUUUGUGUUUCUCUUCCCCACGGAAAAUCAACCCCAAGGGUAUUACAGUUAAACCUCCAUGAAGCGGACACCCUCGGUUACCGGCAAUUGGCCCCUUUAUGGAGAUAUUGGCUGGUUAAUAGAGGUUCAACAAAAAUUAACAUGAUCUUUAUCACUUUAUUCUGAAACGAACUUGCGACGGGAACUGCAUUACUGGUCCCUAAUUUCCUAGAAAAAGCUCCUUAAAAGCACAUAAAAUGAUGAGUGAAAAUAUCAAAACCUUUGAAAAUAUUGUGGUCUGGCCCCAUUUAUCAAGCCCUGGUGCAACAAUGUCUCCUACAAACGUUGCAUGAUUGGCUUGUGAUCACAUUCGUACCAGCUGGGGAACGAGAAGAGGGUCAUGUGUGUGGGAGGGAGGGGGGAAGAGGGGCGCGGCUGCGUUUUAUUGUAAGAUCAAAACCGAGGCCUUCAGGACAGAGAAAAAGUUUCCGGAGCAGUCCCCUCUUAUCACAAGUUACUGAUCAGUGCUUCCUAGCUUUCCCCUCCCCUGCUUCACGGUCUGGAGCAUAGACUCGUGCCUGCAAAACCAUGGGUGUACCGUCUUGGAAUGGUUUUUAUUCUUAGCACUGGCAAUACGUUUUACAAGACUUUUUCAUUGUCGUAAUUUGCAGAAGAAAAAGGAAUCAGGAAGUACCAUCUUUCAAUUCCAAUGACACCUGUGUCAGCGACACCGAUACUAGCUCGUUACUCGCAGUACGAAAAUAGCAAGAGUAAGUAGAGUAAUACCUUAUUGGAACUUUAUUUCGCGUUUUUCGAAAUUGUUAAAAAAUCGCGAAAUUUAAUCCCCAUAUAGAAAAUUCAAAUCACAAGGGAAAAAUAAGAUAAACAUGUGCCAACAACGAUAUAUACAGGAAAUAUAUCGACAAAUACACCUUAACUGGUAAGUUUCAUUUUGUAUCUUCUGUUGUGAAAUAACGUACGCUAAUUCGCGAUUUCAAUAGGCAAGUAUCAAAAAGGGCAUUAAAUUUCGCGAUUCAAGUGUUCUCAAAUUUGUUUUAUUUUUCAAACGUCUAAAGUUUUUAAAAUAUCGAGAUAAACUGGAACAAGCAAAAUGCAUAAAAACCCGCGAAAUUAAUUAACAACAAGGUAUCAUUUUUUUGCAGACAAGAUGCUUGUUCGGGACCUACCUGGAAAUGUGAUCAUCGAAUUAGGAAGACUCUUAAAUCCCAAGUCGUAUAACAACUGGGCAAAACUUGCAGGACGCCUGGGAUUCACAAACAACCAUGUCAAAAACUUCGAACUGGAUCCCGAAGAAGCGACGCAAUCUCUUUUGAGCGAGUGGAGUCAACAAGAUGGGUCGACUGUCGAUGUUCUCGUCAGAAUUUUAAAGGAAAUGAAACGAGAUGACUGUGUCCAAGUCCUGCAAGAAAAUAAUAACAAAACCUGCAGAAAACACACUUCCUGUUGUAUACCAAGUCCUGCAGACGAAUGAGACAAUACUUCAGGAUUAGAAUUUUGUUAGCUGUAGAAAUGUGUUUAGCAGCUAACUCCAGGAGAACCGAUAACCAGUAGAAAUGUUGGUCACUAGAAGAUGGUUUUGCCCAGAAACAUUCCCCAAGGUAGGAGUCACACGCAUUUAUGGGUUAGGAGCAAUUAUUUUUAACAGUUGCCAUACAAGGUGGAAUUCAGCACGAGACACUGACUUCCGGUCUGCCUCAGCCCCAUGCGCCGCUAGGGCGCGAUGAAGUCUUGGAAAGUUCCAUUGUAUUCCGCCCACAAAACCAUCGUGAGUAUUGCGGAGAAACGAUGCCAGAGGGUGCUUGAAGACAAGGAAGAUUUUAAAGUGCAUAGAAAGUCUGUAUGUAUAGCCAAUAUGAGCAGUACUUUAAUUCAGCAACACAUUUGUACGUAGCAUAAUCGAAGUGUAGACAUGCACUAGCCGGGACUAGUCGUUUGCAUCGAUUGCUUGUUUGCAGUUGCAAUCUAGUAAUCUCAACUAUAUAUAUAACCGUAAAUCCUCUAUUAAGCCAUUUCUCCAUAAAGAACCAGAAAAAAUGUGGAAAAGCUCAAGUACAAGUAGUUGGAGGUCAAGCAGCCAAGGAUCAAAAAUAAAUCCGAACUUCCAGUUGGUGAAUAAACCAUCCCGGACCAGUCCAUACAAGGUUUUAUAGUCGCAACUGAUUAAUACAGUCUGACAUUUAUUAGUAAAGAAUAAU